AUGGAGAAGCUACAACAGCAUCCAGAGCUUCUGAAGCGCGGUGGACGGCAGCCUCAGACCAGAAGUUUGCGAGAACCACCGCCGAAAAGGAAAAUAGUGGUUCAUCAAGCACCAACUCAUGACGGAUCCCAAGCCUAUGUCGCUUACGCGGUCCCGGAGACAGUUGCCGACGACGACGAAGCCAGUCUCACAGCCCACCGGCCCCCAUACGCGUUUGUUUUUUAUGACACAACACCAGAGGCUCUACGUCCCGGUCGCUCAAGGGAGCUGGCGUGCGAGAUCUUUGAGCGCACAUACCGCGAGCGUCGAGCCACCACAGCAUCGCCUGACAGGAUCGAGGUCAUUGCCAUGCCUAUGCCUCAGCCUUUCUCAUCUGACAUCUGGGAUUCUGAAAAGCAAUGGAAGCAUCUCAGAGACCCAAAGCCCAUUGAACCCCGUGGACAUGACGAUAGGUUCGACUAUGUCUUCCCCUGGCUGGUCGACCGCGUUAGGGCAUGUGUACUGCAUUACGAGGCCGAACUCAAAAGCCGCCGUUCGAUAGAGGAUAGGAAAGUGGCAGAGUCCUGGUACCUUCCCGAAAGAAUCGGAGAUGAGGCAUAUGCGCGUGGUAUCUUUCUGAUCAGCCGGCUUGAGGAGGUUGUGGAUGAUACGUGUAGCGAGUACGGAAGUCCACAAAACUGGUUGGCUGCGCUCGGUUGGACCAUUAGAGUUUCUCACGAGGACUGGUACCCAAUUAGCGAUGAGCGAGCCGACAACAGCGUCUAUGGCAGCGUAUUGCAAGUACUACUUCAGCCUCGUGAAGAGAGGUGGGAGAACGUCGCAGGUGUGACAUUAGGCGAAGAGCCAUGGAGCCAUAUUGCUUGGAAGAAAGUGGCGUUUGAGCUAAUUGGAAAACUACUGGAAGCACCCGAGCACGGGGUCGAGAAGUUCUACAAUCACUAUGUCACGGAUGGUAUUUUGAAAUUAGAGUUGGAAAGCUUUCGAAAAGAAGCAAACCGCGAUCCAGAAGAUCGGGUCGGGUUCUAA